AUGGCAUCCAUUAUCUCCACUGCACACAAUAGCAGUGUCGGCAGACUCGAUAGAGGAAUAAGCAGAUCGUCCUCCUUUAAGUGUUCUAGCUACGUCUCGGAGAGAAGCGACUCUCACUUUAGUGAAACUAUGGGCUCGAUUCUUGGUUAUAUAGAUGACCCUGAUGUGAUCAACCUAGAGUCGACAAAGAUGGCAACCCCGGUUACGUGUGUUGGUUCUCAGUUUCUUUUGCUAUCCGACACACUUUUUUCAUAUGGAGGCGGCGAAAAGGCGUCUUCCACAUAUUAUACCUAUACAGGCUAUGGGUCUGUCCUCAACGUGGGCUCUAUACGGGGGAGCCCUAUGACCAUGCACGCUGCUGUUGCGUAUGGAAUUUACUAUCUUUGCCACGGAGGAUGCAGUGACUUGCGUACCUUCAGAAAAACCCUUUUAUCUCCCCACAAGAUGAUGAUUAUUAAUUCUGUUACUCUUUCUGCGUACAAGAAGAAGAUAAGUGGGGAUGUUCCCUCUGCGCGCUUGUCGCACAAGAUGUAUCUUAUCAAGCCUCACACGGUCUUUCUGGCAGGCGGGCUGGGGGCUAGUGGCUUCUGCAAAGAUUGCUUCUUCAUAAACCUUCUAACCAUGGAGAGCGUCUACGCAGGAGACCUUCCCCUUCCUCUGGGGAACUUUAGUAUUGUUGAGUGCAACUCCCAGGUUUACUUGAUCGGGGGCCAGACAGAUGGCUUUAUUGUCUUCCCGGUGUUCUAUAAAAUAUCAUUUACAGACAAGCGGGAGCAAACUGAUAGAACGGACGCAGGUCCGCCUUUUAAUACAGCAGAUGGCACUCCACCAACAAGUGACGCUCAUGCUGCUGCUAACAAUAGAGAGACUAAGACACCCUUUUACACCAACAACUGGCGUGAACACAAGACAGAAAAGGCCCGAGAGCAAACCUCUGACAGCCCUCCCGUCCACGUCUCCUUUGAAAAACUUCCAGAUCCACCAUUCUUACCUAGAAGGGGGCAUACGUGUGUUUCGAUCGGUAAGUACAUCCUGCUCUUCGGGGGCACAACCGGUACCCGCUAUUUCAAUGACUUCUGGCUUUACGACAGUGUCUCGAUGCAGUGGCGGGAAAUCAACAUUUAUGGCGACCCUCCUAGCAAGCGCUACGGGGCCAUGAUGGGCUUUCUCGACACAAGCAUUAUCGUUGCUGGCGGAUCCAACGGCAUCAUGCAGCUCCACGACGCUUUCUACAUCAACGCUACUGACCUGAUAAAUCAGAAGGCGUGA